GAAGAAGAAGGACGGUUGUGAUGUCAUCACGAGGACCAAUCAGAUCACUCUUUAACCGGAAAUAUCACCAGUUUAAAUAUUGGGCGGCGUUGAAUUUGGCACGUCGCUAGCUCACGGGAUAAAGAAAGAGUCAAAAAUGGAGAUCAAUCUGUCCAAAGUUCUUGUUGGACUCUCUGUUCAAAUCAGUCGAAGCGAUGGUCGAGUGCAUUCAGCUACAGUCAAGUCGUUUGAUGGCGUUAAGUCCGCUGUUAUGGUCGAGUGGCUUGAGAGAAAGAUGUGCCGAGGAAAGGAGGUGGAAGUGAGUGAGUUAUGUACUCUCAAUCCAGAGCUUUUGGACCUCAUAAAUGGGGUUAUCAACAAACCUGCUGACCCACCCCUCCCUGCUCCUGACAAAUAUGAGGGUCGGCUGCGCUCAUCCAGGAUUCCUCCCCCUGCCUCCUCCUCUGCUCCAGCAGUCAGCCAGGCUGAAGAGUCAGGUCGGCAAGUUGUCAGUCGGCCUCAGGUCAGACAGACUUGCUUAUUCCAGCCCCCGGGUCCUGUCCGAGCAUCCGUCGCGACCACGGAGUCUUCUAAUCAAAGCCUGGAGACAAUCCAACCUGAUGUCACUCCUUCAUCAGUGCUCACAAACUCUGCAAACCCUUAUCGGCAGCGUAGAAAGAACGAGGUCCAGCAGGCACAGUUGCUGGCCCGUGAGUCAAUAAAAGAAAAUGAACCUGAGAGAAUGCCUCCCCCUCCUGCAGCUAAAGGUACUAUGGGUAGAAGAAAGUCUGUGGCUCCCCAAGAGCUAAACAAAGGCAGCAAAAGGCAGUCGUGUGUUAUAAAGCCUCCUGAGAUGCAGACCAAGAAGGGAAAGUUUGGAGAGAUUUCUCGACCAAACCAGAAGUUCUUUGAGAUGAUCCAAGACUUCAGAGAGACCUUAGAAAUAACUCCUAUAGCAGCGUCUGAACAUAUGGCACCCCAAAGGAUAUGUGUGUGUGUUCGCAAGAGGCCGCUUAACAAACAAGAGAUGAAUAAAAAGGAGAUCGAUGUGGUGUCUGUGCCUGGAAAAGGUACUCUGCUUGUCCAUGAGCCAAAACAGAAAGUGGAUCUUACAAAGUACUUGGAAAACCAAAUCUUCCACUUUGACUACUCCUUUGAUGAGAGCGCCUCCAAUGACCUGGUCUACAAGUUCACAGCCAAACCUUUGGUGCAGUCCAUUUUUGAAGGUGCCAUGGCAACAUGUUUCGCCUAUGGCCAGACAGGAAGUGGGAAGACUCAUACAAUGGGAGGUGAUUUCUCAGGGAGGCAGCAGAACAGUGCCAAAGGAAUCUACGCCUUUGCAGCCCAGGAUGUUUUCGCUAAUCUCAACCACCGGAGGUAUUCUCACCUGGAUCUCUGUGCCUACGUCAGCUUCUUUGAGAUUUACAAUGGAAAAGUGUAUGACCUGCUGAACAAAAAGGCAAAGCUCCGUGUUUUGGAGGAUGAACGACAGCAGGUUCAGGUGGUGGGCCUGGAGGAGGUCUAUGUGUCCUCAACAGAAGAGGUGAUCAAGAUGAUUCAGAUGGGCAGCUCAUGCAGAACAUCAGGCCAGACCUCAGCCAACGCGAACUCAUCCCGCUCUCACGCCAUCCUCCAGAUUGCCCUACGACGCAAUGACCGUGCCUCCACACUGCACGGGAAAUUCUCAUUGGUCGAUUUGGCUGGCAAUGAGCGCGGAACAGAUGUCAGCAGCAAUGACCGAAGCACUUUGGUCGAGACUGCAGAGAUAAACCGCAGCCUACUGGCUCUUAAGGAGUGUAUCCGUUCCCUGGGAAUGAACAGUGAUCACAUCCCUUUCAGGAUGAGCACUUUGACCAAAGUCCUCAGGGAUUCCUUCAUUGGAGAAAAGUCCAGGACCUGCAUGAUUGCUAUGGUGUCUCCAGGCAUGGCUUCAUGUGAAUACACAAUGAACACACUACGUUACGCUGACAGAGUGAAGGAGCUGAACGGUAAUUCCAAAGCCAGUGGAGCAACAAAGGUUCAAGAGCCUAUGGACAGCUCCACAGAGGAGGAGUCCGCUGUGGAUACCAGUGUGUAUGAUGCCAUAUCUCAGGUGGCAGAGCUGGAGGAGAAGAUUUAUGUAGAGCUCCAGAGGUCAAGUGAGUUGGUCAAAGCAAUGGAGCAAACCUCAUACAACAUUGAGGCUGGAGUUGUUGACCUGGUGGAUCAUUCCCAGAAGCUGUUGGACAUGGUGCUGGCUCUGCAGUCUUCUGUGGAUAAGGAGAGGAUGGCGAGGCUGAACCACUGAGAGAGCCCACAGACUAACGCAGAUGAACAUGUUUGUUCAUUUAACACUGUUUUAAAGCGGUUCCCUUUGAUUUUAUUGUAUUAAUGAGUAUUCAAAUAAAGAAGAUGUAUUCAGACACUAACUUGUUAAACUUCAGAACCUUGACAGAGUCCACUAAGGGAACUACUUUUGUACUUUGUUAAGGAAGCACUUUUCUUGUUGAUAUUUACAUGUCUAACCAUAAAAUCCGUUAGCAGAUACUGGGUCUUUAGAAUUUAACAUGUGCCUAAAUGGAUGAGACAAGUUUUUCACUCAUGUGUCUGUUAUCAAAAUAAAGGUAAAUCUUUUCAAAGUAA